UUCGUAAAAUUUCGCGCGAAAUCUGAAACAACAUUCGCCCAAUUUUUUUGUAGUCCGCGUCGGAAGAAGUGACCACUUCGCUUCCAAAUAUUCCCCCCUUUGGUCAACACUUUGUUCUCAUUCAUCUAAGUUUCAUCCCGUAAACGUAGUAUAACAUGGCGUCCGUGAAAAGUAGGAAUCAGACGGGAAGAAAAGACGAAGAUCAUGAUUUUCGGAAUUGGCGAUCGCCUCAUCAAAAGUCGAGCGCUGCCAUGGCUGCUGACCAUUUCCGCCAUGGCGCCGGUAGCAGAAGAGACCACUCCACGCGGGAGAACGACAGAACUGGCAGUCACAGAACAAGAUAUCGACAUGACAGAGAAAGCAAACCUCAUCGUUGGUCAAGCGACAGAAGAGCCGAACCUAGAAGCAGAAAGCCGGAUGUUUACAGCAGCACAGAGUUUCCACCUUUGGGAUCCAAGGAGGUGAACACCAGUUAUACACCAGAUCCUGUCAGAGGCAGCAGCCAGCUGUACAGCAGCAGCACGUCCUCAAGCCGGGACUGGGCCAGCCAGAUUGAUCAGUUUGAGAAGGACAAAGAGCGCGCCAUGAGAGACAUGAUGCGCUACAAGCGUCGACUGCUCAUGUCUGAGUCCAGCGACGGCAGCAACGAGGAUCAGGAGAAUGUAAAGGUCAAUAUGAAUGCCCAACCCAAGAAGGAGUACGAAACAGAUGAGACUGUCAUCGUACGUCGCCAGAAACAGAUAGAACUGGGCAAGAACACCCUGGGAUACGACCACUACCUACGACAAAUCCCAAAGUACAAGAGGGUGAAGAACGAGCACAUUGUGACCCCCAACAAGUUCCUGAAGUGUAGCCGGCGCGCCUGGGACGGCCUGAUCCGCCAGUGGCGUGUGAAACUCCACGAGUACGACCCCGAGGGAACCUACAAACCGGCGAGAGUAGCAAGGAAAGAACUGCAUUUCUCCGACACCACCUCAGAAGCAACCUCAGAGGGUUCUUCAGAGCAAGACGCCAGGAUGGACCUUGAGCUUAACAGCUCCAUGUCGUCUGCCGUCAGCGACUACCUUGCCAGCAACGAGGGCAGCCGGCCCCAAACCCCCGACAACAGCGUCCGGCCGGAAACGCCCACAACAGAGCUGAAAGAUUUGACCGUAAGCGACGACAUGAACGGCAACUACCAAACGGGAGACUCCGACUUAGUAACUGAAGACAUCUCACAGGGAAAGGCUGUGGGGAGCACCCCAGAUGCCACACUGACCCCUAGCGUGACCCCGGCUGACUACGAGGUCGAAGGUCCCAGGCCGCAGGUCAACCCGAGUGACCUCAUCGCUGCCCUGCGUCACGCGGCCCAGGUUGUGCAACCUCCAAACCAGGUGACCUUUCACCCCGGCAUGUAUUACGUCCCACCUCAGCUGACCUCUAACCUCGACCCACGCUAUGCCGCAGACGUGUCCGUCCACUCUUUCCACCGUUCCUGUGACGACAACGUGAACCCAAAGGUGACGAAAGACACCAAGAUGGGAGGAGAUAUAUUCGAUAAUUUCAAUCUGGAUGAUUGCUUUUUGAAUGAGGACGAGGUUAUUGGGUAAAAAAAGUGGUAAAUUGAAGAAAGUAAAAGCUGAUGAAAAAAUAAUAUUGUGACGAGAGAUCAGCGCAGUGAAUAUGUGGCCUAAAAACAUGCAUGGUUCUGAAGACAAGGCAGAGAACUGAAUAUUCAACAGGCUGCGUAUUAUAUUGUGCAAGUUCCACGGUAUUAAUAGAACGGCACUGUAGAUGAUUAAUAUUGUGCCAUGAUGCGCAACAUAAGAGCCUUUCAAAAAAAUUUGGAAUUAAAAAAAAGAGAGUUCAAGCUAUCAAUGAAUAUAAGCAUUGUGUAAAGAACUGUUACAGUGCACAAGGUGUGUUCCCUUUGUUUUUACAUCAAAAUGUAUAUUUAAAAAGUAAUAAGUAAACACAGAGUACAUGUAUUUCAGAUUUAUCUCAUAAUUUGUUUUAAAACUCCAAACGAAUAAUUUUGAUGAAAAGAAAUUAUGUUGAAUGAAAACAAGGCUUACAAAGUAACUUAAAUUGGUUCAAGUUUGCAGAAAAAUUAUUUUAUGAAGUCAGUGCAGCUGUUUUUCUACUCCAGCACUAACUCUUCGUUUUUGUUUUUUAUUUGGAAAUAGUGUACAGUUUGUAAAACUUCUCUGUCUACCGAUUUUUUAGCGUUUUGAUGUUAAGUGUUCUUUAUAAUUCGUAUUAGUACAGAGACUGUAAUUUUUGUAAUUGUAGCUGACUCAACACCAGGUCUACCUUUUAAAUAAAAAUAAUUUUAGCCCGACAAGUGAAAAAGAGACAAAUAGUCUAUUUUGUUUUGAUGCUGUGAAAAGUUGCAUCGUAUUGUUUUUUUUUUUAAAAUUUUCCCAUAAGUGACCGAUUUUAUUGAGGUGUUUAUACAAUGUAGAACCAGUAUGCAUGUACUGUACAAGCAUACAAUUGCACACAUCCAUACAAGACUUCCUGGGUCACGUUUCUGCCUGCAAAUGAGGCUUUUUGAAACAUCCUGAGUUCUGUGGAUAGCGAGAUAUGAAGUCCAAUUGUUAUCUAGUGUUACUGAAUACUAUGAAAAAAACUUAGCAUAGGGCCACAACUACAAAAAUCAGACAUUUUGGCCUGAAAGGCAGGUGUAUUUUUAACCAAAAAAGUGUAAAUAAAACAAAACCUGCAAAAAACGUUGAUAAAGUGAUUAUAAACAAAUUGUUAUUUGCAUACAAGUAAAAAUAUUUAUCUUCUGUGUACAAAGCUAAAAGUUUUCUUAACCCCUUAAUUUGUUCCUGUUUUGAAGAUGUAGUCUUCAAUUUUUAAACCUGUUUAAUCAUUUUUUAUUAGACAUUUAUGUUACUUGAUUUUAAAACGUCACAAAUUUGACGGUAUUUAAAGAUACAUUAGACAUUUUGGGCUAAUAAGUCCUAAUAUUGAUUUACAUCACCCGACGCAAAUUCCAUCUUAUGAAGGCCAAAUUUCAAAUUACUUCUGUAUCAAAUACAAAAAACUUUGUCCUCAGGUAGCUGAUAUAAAAUCUGAUAUUGUGUCUUUAGGAACAUCAGUAUGUUGCAUGUCAAAACAAAGAUAGAUUUUUAGAAAUGGGUAAAUAAAACUGCAAUUGAAAGAUGAUCAAACUGUAUAAUAUUCACUGUUAGUGUUUGUAAAAAAAAUAAGUUUCAAAUGAGUCAAUAAACAAAACACAUAGUUUACAUUGAAACCCAU